AUGUCUCAGAAGCAUACGGUUGGCGGAGCGGAGUUAGUAAUUAAUGGCGCCGAGAACGAGGUCGUACAACAUGAAGCCACCGCAGCCGCAAAUCCCAAUGCUCUCUCUUCGAAGGAGAUAGCCGAUCGCCGUGCCGAAUACGAUACAUACGUGGAGACUUGGAAGCUAGAGAACCCCCGACUUGCGGCUUCCCUUUCCUCUGAUACAGUCGAGGCCUACUGGGAACAACUCUUAAGUCACGUCUCCCCAAUUUAUUCACGUACUUCCGGUCAACCUGUUGCCUCCAAGCUCGAUUAUGUUCAGAAACGUCGCUCAACAUCGGAAUCGGAAAUCUCCAACGCCCGACAGUUAGUCCAGAUAGCGAUGGAAGAGACACGUCAAAAGAGUUUGGAGAUUUCCAAGAACCCAGGACGGAAUCAUUACAGCCUCAAAGGCAGCAAUGGUGGAAAGAAAGGAUCGAAACGGGAUCUAGUCCGGCCAAUGAUCACGGAAGAAGUGCGGAAGGCCGCUGCCUUGAUAGCCGAGCUCGAAGCACAAGAUCUGGACCGCGAAGGAAGAUUGUAUAAGGAGUAUAACAUCACUAUCAAGGACCAAGCAACUGGUCGUAAGGAGCAAAAGAUCCAGAGCUAUCGGUCUCGAUCUCGCCGUGCGGGUGAAUACUGGCUUGCACAGCUGGGCAGCCAGCAUCCAGGCCGCAGUCCAUUCCAGAAUGACCCCGGUUACAAGGUGUUUAGAAACGUCCGGGAUUAUGGAGCUCGGGGAGAUGGUAAAACGGAUGAUACCGAGGCCAUAAAUCGGGCUAUCAGUGAUGGAAACCGGUGCGGCGACAACUGCGGAUCAUCAACCGUUAAACCGGCUACUGUUUAUUUUCCACCCGGCACGUAUCUCGUCACUGCAAGCCUCCAGAAUAUUCACUUUAAAAUGAAGCGAGAUAGCAGCCAGGUUGGCCUCUUCAUGGAGAACGGACCGGCAUUCCUCGUUGAUACGCAGCCGGUUAACUCUGAGGAACAGGUAACUGUUGUUCUGUUAAACACUGCGUAUACCAAUACGCGUACAUUGGUUGAUUCAAAAUCAUCGGGUGCUUAUUUGAACGGAGGCUCGAACGGAUAUGUCGAAUCUUAUUUCGUUGGCAAGACCUACUCCGAAGGCUCCAGCAAGAAUGGAUUUUCCAACGGUGAAACUGGAGAUGCCACCGGUAUUCAUUACUCGAUUCCCCAGGAGCUCCGAUUUGCGUUCGAGAAGACUGCAGGAGUAUAUAGCAGAUCACGACCACAAUAUCUGGACGAGAAUAACUGGAUGGUGGUUGAAGCGGCUGGCGACGGAUCAACUGACGAUUCGGCCGCUUUGAGUCUGGCGUUUUCGUUAUCUGCCCAGCAAAAAAGGCCAUUAUUUGUUCCGCAUGGGGUGUAUAUUGUCACGCAGACCAUUGCAAUCCCAGCUGGUGCUGUCAUUGUCGGGGAAUGUUGGCCUCAGAUUAUGGCCUCUGGUCCAUCCUUCCAUGACAUAGACGACCCCACAAUUAUGAUUACAGUUGGGAAUCCGGGUGACGAGGGAGGCGUUGAAAUUUCAGAUCUCCUGUUCACUGCUCGGGGACCAACUGCUGGCCUGGUCGCAAUGCAAUGGAAUAUCAAAGCUGACGCUGCUGGGAGAGCGGCCAUGUGGGACUCUCACUUCCGUAUCGGUGGUGCCUCUGGGACCGAUCUCAGACCGCCAAUUGCCCAAAACUCUCUGGUCAAGUUCGGCCUGAAUGUAUUGCAGGGGCACUACUACUUUACAUCAGUAGUGACUCGAACAAGCGCCUUGGAUAACCAGAGAAUGCGUCGAGUCGUGAGCAUCUGCCUUCAAGCCGGGAUGAGUCUUCUUGGAUUGAAGGGUGGUGGUUACUAUAUCCUGAAGAACACGCUUUCCGAGGAGCCUUGCAAUGACAGGGAGGCUCACUCAACAGCAAGAUGGCUAGAUGGACAAUGCUAUGCUCUGCACUCCUCUGGCCCGGGGAAUACUGGAUACACAGUUGAGUCAUCUACCAUAUUCUCGAGAGAGGGCAACGACAUCAUCGCAGGCUUGUUUAAUGGCACCAUUGACCAGAAUCCGGAACCCACGGCAUAUAAGGACGAACUGGAACUCCUCUACGGCAGUUCGCAGCGGUGCCAGGAUUUGAUGGGAGAUUAUUCCUCACAGAGAUAUGGAGACGUGGAGGAAGAAGAAGGUCAUGAUCCAGCGGAGUAUGCCGCAGGUGGCUUGGACCUACAACAGAACUGCUUCUUUAAUUUACCAGUUCUUUCAGUGGACGCUUGGACAGAAGACGAUCCGGUUGGAUCGACCCCUUGUGUUUUCCUACGAAGGGGCCUGGGCGACAAAGUCGGAGAAAAUAAGCUUCCGGACUGGAUGGCAGAGGUAUUUACGCCUGACUUCUGCAGCACGAAAUGCCGGGGCCAAAAGUGCCGAGACGACCUCGAGCCUUGCAACCGCCGAAACGGGGAUCCGCUAUGUCUCGCCGGCAACAAGACCCAAGACCGCACCAGCAAAUAA